UCAUCAAUGUGCGAUGGUUGGCUGUGCUGAAUCCACUGUGCGACAUAGCAGACUCACGUUUGGAAUAUGAGACUUUUCUGCAUUGCUGUCUGGACAUGUCUUCUGGUACUAGAAGGUUUACUCCAGCUGGCAAGCUGUCAACCUUUCCAAUUGGAUAAAAGUGAUGCGGGUCUUGUAAGAGAUUGUGAAGCAAACCCUCCAUAUCUGCCUCCCACAGUAACUAACACCUCAUUGCGCCUGAGUGAGCUCCGAGUGUUGAUGAAUUCACAAAACAUCAGUGUUUAUGUGAUUCCUGCCACAGACCCCCAUCUGAGUGAGUACGUUGCCCCACAGGAUAAAAGAAGAGACUGGAUGACGGGGUUCACUGGAUCUGCAGGUAUUGCAGUGGUCAGUAGGAUGAAGGCUGCACUCUGGACAGAUGGACGUUACUGGGUUCAAGCUGAACGUCAAAUGGACUGCAACUGGGAGCUCAACAAAGGGGAAACUACUAUUGUAGACUGGAUUAUGACUGAAACAAAAGAGGGUGAAACAGUUGGUGCUGACCCUUUCGUCUUUUCCAUUGCGGAGUGGGAAAAUUACAGAAAACCUUUGCUUCAAGGCAAUCGACAAUUUGUUGCCAAAGAAAACAACUUGGUUGAUAUUAUCUGGGCUGCAGAGCGCCCACCAGCCCCUACAGACGAUAUUAUCAAAGUUCCAGAUAAGUUCCUUGGUAGAACAUGGAUAACGAAGGUCAGAGAAAUCCGUGCACAGAUGUCAAAUAACAGUUACAAACCAACAGCAGUGUUAAUCUCUGCGCUGGAUGAAACUGCAUGGCUUUUCAACCUGCGAGGGAACGACAUUCCAUACAAUCCUUUUUUCCAAUCUUACACACUGUUGACAGCCGAAUUCAUCAGGUUGUUUGUGAAUGAUUCACGACUGCCUGCAGACAUUAAGACAUAUUUGAAUACAGGUUGUACCUCAGAUGAGUGCGUUCAACUGAAGGCCUACACGGAUAUCCGGCAAAAUCUACAGGAAUAUGUUAAAGGGAAUGUCAAAAUCUGGAUUAGUCGGGAAUACACAACCUAUGGUGUCUAUGAAAUCAUUCCUGAGUCAAAAUUGCUUAUUGAUAGGUACUCCCCAGUACAAAUCACCAAGUCUAUUAAGGACAGAACAGAACAGAAAGGACUGAAAGCAGCACAUGUGCGUGAUGCAGUCGCUGUCAUACGCUACUUGGUAUGGCUGGAAAAGGAAGUUCCGAAAGGAACAGAGACAGAGCUGUCAGGGGCAGACUAUUUAAACAAUUUACGCAGUGAGCAGUACUUUUCCAAAGGCCCCAGCUUCGAGACUAUUUCUGCCAGUGGUUUGAAUGCAGCUCUUGCUCACUACAGUCCCAACAAUGAAACCAACAGGAAGCUGAAUCCAGAUGAGAUGUACCUGAUAGAUUCUGGAGGACAGUACCUGGAUGGAACAACUGAUAUUACUCGCACAUUACACUGGGGAACUCCAACCGAUUUUCAGAAGGAAGCUUACACUCGAGUGCUGAUGGGACAUAUUGACCUGGCUCGAUCCAUCUUCCCUGUUGGAACAAUUGGAGAUGUGCUUGAUGUAUGGGCUCGACAUGCCUUGUGGGAGGUGGGACUAAACUACAAGCACGGAACUGGACAUGGAAUCGGCAACUUCCUCAGCGUUCAUGAAUGGCCAGUUGGCAUUGGGAGCCCUCAUACUUGCCAACUGCAGGAGGGGAUGUUUACAUCUAUUGAGCCUGGUUAUUAUGAAGAUAAUGAAUUUGGAAUUCGAAUAGAAGAUAUUGCAAUGGUGGUAAAGGCAGAAACUAAGCACACAUUUGGAGGUAUUCCCUACCUGACUUUUGAACAUGUGUCUCUUGUUCCUUAUGAACGAAAACUGAUCAAUGUGGCCAUCAUGAACAAGCCGCAGAUUGACUGGCUAAACAAUUACUAUGAGAAGGUCCGGAAGACAAUGUCCCCUGAACUGCAAGCACAAGGGUUAACAGAAGAAUAUGAUUGGCUUCAGAAGCACACAGAGCCAUUUUCGCACAGUGUCCUUGUAACAUACUCACUUAUCAACUUGGCUGGGGUCCUCCUGGGAAACUUUCUGUUACAAGGAAGUUUUCUUUAAAAAUGCUGACCUCUAAUGCCUUUCACAGUCUGCUCACAGGAUCCUUCCUUAAAAUAGAAGCAAAUCCUAUGAAUUACUUUCAAUGUAAACUAGACCCCUAUCUGUCCAAUUAAAAACAUAAUGUGCCUAUCCCUACUUUAAAGGAGAUGACGUCAUUGCCUCUGAGGGAAUCUGUUUAGUUUUCUCAUGCCUAGAGCUGGUGCAGUUACAGAGAUUGCCAGUUUCUUGGAACAGCUCAAUUCACUUAAAAUCAGUGUUUCAGAAUGGCCUGGAUGCCAUUCUCUAAAUUUCCAAGCAGUAAAAAUGUUGGUUCUGCCUAAGGACACAGCAGUACUCAGCUAGCAUUAAGGGAAACUUUCCCAUGGAUGAUAUUUUGUUGUGAAUCUUUCUUAUUAAAUUAGGUUAAUACCUGACUUAAAA